UAGAGGUCAGAGCGGGUAACAUGGCGGCGCCCAGGCGGUGAGGGGAGAAGGCAGCGGGAGCAGCGCUGCGGCCAUGAACGCUGCCCGCUGCUGCUGCCCGCCCCAGGCGCUGGCAGGGAUAUUUGUCUGGCGGUUGAAGAAAACGGGGAUACGGCAAAUCCCGGGUUACUUUGUGCACCUGUGUCGAGCACCCAAUGACAGACUGAUCACAUUUCAGUACUUUAACUUCCUCAAACGAAUGUAUGUAACACAGUACAACAAAGACCUCAGCCAGCGGGCGAAACCAAAGUCAGAUUCAGUUGUAUCUCCAUUCCGUGAGAGUCAGUUGGAUCAAGAAAGGAAGGUUAUACACAAGAUUACACCAGUGUCACCUGUUCAUCAACCUUUGUCUGAGCUGAGAGAAGUUAAGUCAGCUACAGAAAUUGGAGAGCCAGGCACGCCACCAACAGCAGAAUCCAAAGAAGAGAGACAAUGGAGAGAAAUGAAGCUCCGGCUGGAUGAUUUGCCAGGAAUUCUGGCACGUUUGUCCAAAAUUAAGCUUACAGCUCUGGUGGUAAGCACGGCGUCUGCUGGCUUCGCCAUGGCCCCUGUCCCAUUUGACCUGCCUUGUUUCCUGCUCGCCUCUCUGGGAACCGGCCUGGCUUCCUGUGCUGCCAACUCCAUCAAUCAGUUCUUUGAGGUUCCGUUUGACUCGAAUAUGAACAGGACAAAAAACAGACCCCUGGUGCGAGGACAGAUCAGCCCCCUGCUUGCCGUGUGCUUUGCAGCAUCUUGUGGCGUUCCUGGCAUCGCCCUGCUGACCAUGGGGGUCAACCCCCUCACCGGAGCCCUCGGAGCAUUCAACAUCUUCCUGUACACCUGCUGUUACACACCCAUGAAGAGAAUGAGCAUCGCCAACACUUGGGUGGGAGCCGUUGUCGGAGCCAUUCCCCCUGUCAUGGGCUGGACUGCAGCGACUGCAAGUCUUGAUGCUGCUCCUGCUGGAUCCACUGGAGCAGUGGGCCGAGGUCUCCCGGAUCUCCUCGGAAAGAAGUCCGCCCAGACCUCGGCUGGGAAGCCGUGCUCGGCAGCCACGAGCUGCGGCUGUGCAGAGCCCUGCUCGUCCUCCUGCUCGUCCUCGCAGUGCUGUGCAGGCUGCGGGAUGGGGCACUCGAGGUAAUCGUCCUCCGAGCGCACCGAGAACCGGAUGGUCUCGAUGCUCUGCUUGCACACAGCACAGGUGGGCUGCUGCUUUGCCCACCGCAGCGCACAGCCCAAGCACAGCUGGUGCAGGCAGGGCAUCACGUAGGCCGCCUCGUCCCGGCUCUGCCCGCAGAUGGGGCAGGUCCAUUCCGAGGGCAGCUCCAUGGCCCCGGGCUGUGCGGUGGGCUGGGGAGAGCCGAAGUGGGAAAGCUGCUCCCUUGGCUGGCGCUGCAGCGGGCAGGAGCUGUCAGCAACUGCAAAAGAGAAGAGGCUGCGGUCACUCACUGUGCCCGGGGCGGCAGCCGCAGCAGCAGCAGCGAUGCCCCGGUCCCUCAGCACAAAGCCCCGUGUCCCCACACCGCUCACCUCCGCUGCUGCGAGCGCACCCCGCGGGGCCCCGGCUGCCUGAGCCAGGCAGGGCCGGGGGAACGUUGGCGAUGCUGUGGGCUGAGCACCAGGAACUGCUGCCGGCAGCCUCACAGCACGACUCAAACAAAAGCUCGUAGGCGGCUCCAAGUCUGGCUACUGCGCUCAACCAGAGUCCAGGCACGAGUGAUGCCGGGCUCUGCUGCGCCCCAGCUUCUGCAGGGGGGGUCGGUGAGGUCACAGCCAUCUCCCGCUGCUGUCACAGUUCCUUGGUCGGUGACCUGGCAGCAAAGGGCUGUGUGUAUUUGGGCACCAGGCUGGGCCUACAUUGCUCUCCAUCCUUCAUUGACUGUCCUUUGUGCAGCUGAUAGAUUUGGGAAAAUAAAGGUUGCACACACACUAUCUCCAUAUCAAUCUUUCCUCUGCUGUUUGUUUAGCAUCAUAGAAGGAUAGGAAGGCUUGGGUUGGAAGGGACCCCAGUUGUCACCAAUCUCCAACGGCCCUGCUGCAGGCAGGGCAAUCAACCUCGACAUGUAAUACUGGACCAGGCUGCCCAGUUCCCAGUGCAAGCUGGCCUUCUCCAAGCACGGGGCAUCCACAGCAUUUCUGGGCAGCUGUUCCAGCACCUCACCACUCUCUCUGUGAAGAACUUCGCCCUGAUAUCCAACCUAAAUACAGCCCUCUUCAGCUUAAAACUGUAUCCCCUUGUCCUGACACCAUCUACCCUUGUGAAGAGUUGACUCCCCUCCUGCCUGUGGUCUGUCUUCAGGUACUGAUAGGCCGCAACGAGGUCACCGCUCAGCCUUGCCUUCUCCGGGCUGAGCAAGCCCAGCUCCCUCAGCCUGUCUUUGCUGGGGAGGUGCUGCAGCCAUCUGAUGAUCUCUGUGGCCUGCUCUGGACCCUCUCCAACAGCUCCCUGUCUUUCUUGUACUGGGGGUCCCAGGCCUGGUCACAGUACUCCAGACGGGGCCUCACAAGGACAGAGCAGAGAAGGACAAUCACCUCCCUGUGCCUGCUGGCCAUUCCUCUCCUGAUGGAGCCCACGAUAAUGUUUGCUUUCUGUGCUGAAAGGCACACAGCUGGCUCAUGUUAAGUUCUUCAUCCACCAGGGCCCCCAGGCCCUUCUCUGCAGGGCUGCUCUCAAGGCCUGCUCCUUCCCCUCUGUAUGUUUACCUGGGAUUCCUCCAGCCCUAGUGCCAACCCUGGCACUUUACUGUGUUGAAUCUCAUUAGAUUCUCCCAGGCCCACCUUUCAAGUCUGUUGAGGGCCCUCAGAAUGGCAUGUCUUCCUUCCACAACUUUAUACCUCCUGGUACCUGGAUACUUUUUGACGUGUUCUGGUUCACAAGCAGCACCAACUGGGGGCAAUGCCUACACCCGGGUUCCUUUCUACAGCCCCUGCACACCGCACAGCAGGCUGCUUGCUCACGCUUUCCUGUGUAGUGUAUGUCACAAGCUGGCUUUAGCAAGGGUCUGGAUGGGGGGAUUUCCACAGGGCCCUUCCUGCCCCUACGCUUCUGUGGUUGUGUGCCUGGAGAUUCUUCCUUAUCAGUUGUUCUGGAAGCAAGAGAUGCUGGUUGGCAUUUAGAGUCUGGCAUCAGUAAAUCUCCAAAGGGUUCCCAUUAAUCCCAUUCACCCACCUCAGUGUGACCUGCAAAUGCGAGCAUCCUCUCCUUGGUACUAGUAGUGAAAGUUAUGGUUCUGUGUCUUCUCCCAGCAUCAGGAGAUACUGGAGAAACCGAGGUGUGGAGGGGCAUCAAACCCAAUUUCAUCGUGAAUAACGCGGAGACCUUUUAUAGUUUUUUGCAAUUUAUUAAUUAUCCAUAAACAGAUGGAGGUUGUUGUUGUUCUCCCAACCCCAGAGCCGUGCUCAUCCCCGCAGUGGGUGUCGGCCUAGCGCGGCCUCUUGGGGGAUGGGGACGAAUCCGGGGGGCAG